AAGAAAAACAUCGAUGUAUCGACUACAUCGGUAUGCUUAAUGUAGCUUUACCAAAUAUUGUAAUAUCCUAUUACAAUAUUUGGCUUUACUUACUGUACGCAGAAUGAAUGUAGCUGCCUUGGUCAUUUGACAUUUAAGGUUAUGUUCUGUUAUGUUGUUGCUUCUUAAAUUGAUUUAGCAUUAUAAUAUGCUCCUAUGUUUUGUGAAUAACGUUUACUAGAGUCGUUGUAUUAUCAGUUUUUCCUACCAUGGAAGAAAGAAUUGAAAAGUUUAAAAGUGCUGUCACAUUAGUUUUUGACAACUGGACAGCUCUUAGGCUUGCAGCGGAGCACAACGUGGGGCUGCCUCGGGGACGAGACCUGGCCCUGCAGUUCGUGGACCACGUGGUGGAAGUGUUCAGCCGAGGGGGCAUGGCCUGGGAGGAGGCGGCCGACAUGCUGGAGGACGCGAUGGACGGCCAGUUCGAGACCAUCUGCGACGACGACUCCCCGGAGCAGGUGGGGGCGCUGCUGUGCCGGCUGCACCGCCUGUGUGCGGAGGGCGGGCCGGGUGCCGUGGAGGCGGAGUUGUCCCGGCUGCCCCGCGGCCAGCCGUGGCUCACCGUCCCGCCGGUGAGCAAAGAGGAAACUCCCGCCGUGAGUCAAGCAGCUCAGUCAGUGAAGGCAGAAGGAAUGGAAGUGACAGAGGAAGAGUGGACUCAAGUGAAAGGCAGAAGAAAAAAAGAGAACUUUCCAUUGUAAUGGUUUUUUAUUUUAUGUGAAUUAUAUACAUACACAGCUGUAAAA